AUGUCGGCUUCGCCCUUCCACUCUCUGCCCGCAGAGCUUGCCGAACGCAUUCUGCUCUUCUGCGAGCCUCGCGACGUCGCGAACUUCGCAGCGACGUGCCAGGGCGCCUACAAGCUCGUCUACGAGUCCGAUGACCAAUUCCUCUGGCGCGAACUGUUCCUGAGCCACUCGUUCGACGACCUCCGCAACGCCCUCCCGCUCACCGGCCCAUCUAAACCGGUUACGGAGCACGACUGGCGCACGGAGCUGCAGCGCAGGGUGCAUGCGAAGCAUGUCGUCCUCCGGGGGAUCACCGGCCCGGCGCGUCAGCGCGCCCUCGAGACCCUCGUGAACGUUGUCGAGACGGCCCUGCCCGCCAAGGACGGCCACGACUCGUCGGACAAGUCUAAUAACCUGCAGUGGCUCGAGGCGAUCAUGCGCGAGGCCAAGUUCGAGACGGGAGGGAUGUCAUCUGCCGAGCGCCAGCUUCUCGGCCGUCUCAAGACUUACGUCGCGCUCUCGUACGAAAGCGAUGAGAUCGACGAGCCCACGCGGCGUCUCUGGAACGAGCUGCGCCGGACGAGUCGAUGCUAUGUGUACGACUCGCGCCGCUACGAGGAGGACACGCUCUGGGGCCCGUUCUCACUCCGCGAGGAUGGGGAGCUGGUCGUUAAUUGGGAGCAUAUGGAGCAUGUCGUCACGGUGGUGGCGAUGAAGCUGCGAGAGAUUCCGCUGAUUGCGCUGAGGCUGUAUAACAAGCCGCAGCCGGGGCUGGCGGCGACGCGAGCAUACUCUGCACCGCCUGUGCAGGACCGCAAGCCACACGACUGGGCCGGCGUUGCGGGCACUUGGAGGCGCUUCGUGUGUUUCAUGGACUAUCGUGACCUAUUCGCAUUCAAUUCUGGUUUUUCGUUAACCGCCCGAAGAGAUCCCUCUUUCUUCGAGGACGACUACCAGGAGGCGAUUCGUCCUGUCGAGCUCCACCUCGAGGUGCUCGAUCCCUCCGUCUCCGUCCCAGCCUCCUCUCGCAUCUGCAUCUCCUCCUCCUCCUCCUCCUCCUACUACCCUUCCACAUCCUCGCUGCACCCGUCCUACCCGCCCAUCUUCUUCAAGGGCUUCUCGCGCGGCGCCCACAGCAGCGACGCAUCGGUCGAAGGAUCCGUAACGAUGCUCGCCGACGGCGGGAUCCGGUGGAGCUUCGUCACGAAAUAUGACGGGCUCACGCAGUGGAGCGCGGAAGGCGUCCAGGUGGGCAAUGUGUGCAGUGAGGCGGGCGUUGCGGGCAUUUGGACGGGCGCGUUCCAUGAAGAAGCGGAUCCUGCUGGCCCAUUCUGGAUGUGGAAGGUCCAUCAAGGUCUGCCCGCCGGCUUUCAACCUUGA